GAGAAGUCGUGGCGGUCUCGGUGAGGUGGCAAGCGCUAGCAGGCGUAACAAGUGGGUGAUAUAUUUCACGGGAAGUCCCUAAUCCAAGGCUGUAACUAGGUUGUUGUGCACGCAAAAGUUUGUGGCUGAAGUUAGAAAAUAUGGAUGACAAUAUAUUGAGUACAGUGAUGGUCAUAAAGGAGGUACUUGCUGCGAUGAACAAUACAGGAAAGUCAAAAGAUGAUGAACGGAUACGUCAGAUUGUGCGCGAUGUCUUGAGUGAGACUCACACCACUACUACGUCUGAGAGGGACAUGGUGAAUAACAUGAUGCAGCUUCUACAGCAGAACGUCACCAAGCAAACAACUGAGCUGCACGCAGCUGCCGAGGAGAAAGGGCAGUAUAAAGCAAAGUUGGAUGAAUUAAAUCAUCGCAUGGAUCAGCUGAUGAAGGAUCGGGGUUCUCAGGUUUCAGGAGGAGAAGCAUCAGGAUUUACAGGCAGACAGAAGAGGCUUCUUGAAAUGUUAGAGGAACUGAAGAUUAUGCGUGGAACUAAACGAAUUCAAGAAGGAAAACCAGGAAAGCCAUCCAACAGAGGAGGAGGUAAAGGAGGCAGUCAUGGUGGUAGUAGUCACAGGAGCAAGGUUGCUGGGAAUGAUCAUAGCUCCCAGGACAGGCGCAGGCAAGGUGAUAGUGGUCCUGAAUUUGGCCACAGGGCUGGAGAGCAAAACAUGAGGAUGCAACAUCAAAGCCCCCAGGGGGGUUUCUCUCAAAAGCAACCUCACGGUCAGUUUCACCAAAAUGAUCAGCAGUUCCAGCAUCGUGGGCAAGGCCAAGGAAGUGAUCCACGUAGUCCUAAGGAACAGAACCAGUUCACUCCUGAGGAAUUACAUGCAAUCAGAGCACUGCUAAAGCAGCCGCAACAGCACCAAGAUAAGAAGGCAGCCUCAACACCCUUGGUUGUAAACCCAAGUAAGAAGGAGAAGAAACAGGAGAAGAAACCUGAAGGUCCAAUAGGCCUUGAUCCACAUAGUCUUAAGGAACAGAACCAAUACACUCCUGAGGAAAUGGAUGCAAUCAGAGCACUGCUAAAGCAGCCGCAACAGCACCAAGAUAAGUAAGUUAUUCAGAAUGUUACCAUAUGUUAU